ACAUGGUUUCUUAUGUCGCUAGAUCGAAACAUGGCUACUACGUCAGAAGGAGCUUAAGAUCAAACUCCAGGUGGCGGAGGAAUACGUCAUGACGUUCAAACCGUGGCUUCCUCUUCAAGAACUGAAGGAAAUCAGGCUCCAAGAAGCGGAGACGAGAUUUUGGAUUAUGGCGUUGCGAGUGCCCUUGGAUGCAUACUACUACCUUCAUAGUGUUGUCCAAGGCAUGUUUGGAGAAGUGAGGACGAUGCAUCCACCGGAAUUUGACAGCUCAAGACCGAAAUUGAUGAACAUCAAGUUCGAUAUGGCUCCUGAGGCAAGAGAAAAACUUGACGACGACCUAACGAUCCAAGCACCGUCGGGAGAAAGAUGGAAGGUGGACAUCGCCACCCCCUACACCGAUUGGUGCAAAAAGUGUCGAUGGUACUUUCACACAGAGGACAACUGUCCUCGAGUGCGUCAAGGAGAAGGAGUUGGCUUCUCUGGUCGAAGAAUAGGGGGACAUAAGGUGCGUUAUUCCCAACAUCAGCAGAGACAAGUCAGACAGACGGGUGGUACCCAGGUAAUCGAGGAAAGACCUACUGUAAGUCGGACCGAUCUUCACCAGGGCCCUGGCCCGAGCGCGAAUCACCGCGACACGAUUGCCACACAAGGUCAUAAUCCGAGAUGGGCAGACCAAGUGGCGGUGGAAUGCUUCACACGCGCUGAGCAAGGGAUUAGAGGGGGCACGGGGCCACUGUAUGGAGUGUCGGGUGCAGCAGGAGGAGAUCGAAGUCCGGGUCCGCAAGGAAGCAAUCCUAGGUGGAUGGGUGCAGCGGCAGAAGUAUCAUGGAGGCAACCAUCGCAGAGUCAGCCCUCCUCGCAGAUGUUUUUCGGUCGGUACGAAGCUUCUAACGAUCCAGGCCCAGAGGAAGGUAUGCCUGGAGGGAGAGGUUACAAUCAUCACCUGUUUGAGCACACAGAAGGUAUGCAGGGAUUGCAUGGAAUCCCACAAUGGAGGGAGAGGCCUGACUGUCAGACAGGUCAGAGGUCAAACUGGCACGCAGGUGAACAAUUCGACGAAAGGGAGAGGCUGGCAGCCGGAUCGAUGCAUUGGCGGGAAGAACGUUGGGGCACCGACACGCACGAUGCACGUUUGCAAGGAGUAGAGCAGUUUCAUCAGGACCAGUUCGAGUGGAGGGCACCAGCUCACCCUCUCCCAAGAUACCCCUCCAACCAAUACAAUUGGAGGGAGUUUGUUCCUCAGGGAAGGGACGCUCACCCUAUGACGUCUGGUCUUUCCUGGCGCCCGGACGGCCCAGGUCCAUCUCGAUUAGGGAGAAGGGUUCCAAGUGGUGAUUGGAGGGAUCAGGGGAGAGAGGGGGGCAGCGGAGGCAGAGAGGAAAGGAACUGGAGAACCUGGGGCAGGCUGGAGGAACGAGGCCGGAAUGAAGAUCGAGUGGGGGAGGGACGCUCCCAUCAAGGAGGGAACUCACAGGCAAGAUCUGGGUUACCGCGAGGGGCGGGUGGCGAACGGAACCGGAUCCCAGAAGGGGAUGAGGGGGCUGACAAGCCACGAGGGGAAUUAUCGAAGACAUCGGCUUCCUCUCAGUCCAGAGUUAGAUGGGGCAGCGAGUGGUAUGAGGACGAGCAGGCUCUGAUGCCAAUAAAAUAUCGGAGAAGGAGGAAAGCAUGGGGGUGGGGAUGGACGAGCAGUUGCGUGAUCAAAGAGCAGACAUGCUACAAAACACUAAAGCGGAGAAGGUAAAAAGGAGAGUUGUACCAAUCUUAUGUACGAUGUUAAAUGAGGGGGUCUGCUUUUUGACGUUGGCUCAACCGGACG